UAACUCUAUUUCUAAUCAUAAAAGCAAAAGAUCUCAAGUUAAUACUAGUUCUAUUUCUGAAGAGAUAAUUAUUUCUAGUUCUACCUCUGGAGGAAUAAUUACAAGUAAGGAGUUAUAUCUAGUAGUUAAGUUUGAAAAAGCAGAAGUAUAA